AUGAGAGGUGUUGUAAUUGGAGGAUGUGUCUUCAUAUUUUGUUGUUUUAGACGUAAGUCUUUAACCCGACUGGUCAAAUUUCGUUUUACCAGAAACCAUGAUUCAAAUAUUGAAGCAUUCCUAAGAAAUCAUGGAGCCAUAGCACAGAAAAGAUACAAAUUUUCAGAAGUGAAAAAAAUGACCAAUUCAUUCAAAGUUAAACUUGGUCAAGGUGGUUUUGGUACAGUAUACGAAGGAAAACUACUAACAGGUAGCCCUGUGGCCGUAAAGUUACUGAAAGCAUCCAAAAGAAAUGGUGAAGAGUUCAUCAAUGAGGUUGCCAGCAUCAGUAGAACAUCUCAUGUUAAUAUUGUCACACUUGUUGGAUUUUGUUUGGAAGGCUCUAAAAAGGCUCUCAUCUAUGAGUUUAUGGCUAAUGGUUCUUUGGAUAAGUUCAUCUACAACAGAGGGCCAGAAAAUAUUGUAUCUUUGACCUGGGAGAAUUUAUAUCAAAUUGCCAUAGGAAUAGCUAGAGGGUUGGAGUACUUGCACAGAGGCUGCAACACUAAAAUUUUACAUUUUGACAUAAAGCCACAUAAUAUUCUUUUGGACGAGAAUUUUUGUCCUAAAAUAUCAGAUUUUGGACUAGCAAAGCUGUGUCCCAGGAAUGAAAGCAUUAUUUCUAUGUCUGAUAAAAGAGGAACAAUGGGGUAUUAUGCUCCUGAAAUGGUCAAUAGACAUUUUGGUGGAGUUUCACAAAAGUCUGAUGUGUACAGUUAUGGAAUGAUGCUACUGGAAAUGGUAGGAGGAAGGAAGAACAUUAAUCCUGAAGCUAGUCAUACGAGUGAGAUAUACUUCCCACAUUUUGCAUACAGAACACUUGAUGUGGAUAAUGAUGUGAGACCAUAUGAAGUGAUGAAUGCAGAAGAAGAUGAGAUUGCAAAGAGAAUGACUGUAGUUGGCUUAUGGUGCAUUCAAUCGCUUCCAAAUGAUAGACCUACAAUGAGCAGAGUGGUAGAAAUGUUGGAAGGUAACAUGAAUUCUUUGGAAAUGCCUCCAAAGCCUCCUUCUUGAUCAGAAACAUAAUCUUCCUCCUGAAAUUGGUAUUAUUGCAUUUUGGUAAAAUCUUUCUAGUUAUAAUGUAAAAGGAGGAUCGCUCAACUCAUUUGUUUAGUACUAUUCUGGAAAGCAAAUGCAUCUCAUGUGUUUGUUAAAUUGCCACUACAUGAUUGCUGAAGCUAGACCAAUUGUGUAUGAUAACUUUCUUUUUACAAGGUAAAUUUUAGUGGAUAAGUGGUAAAAAGGUUCCGACAGAAGUGUUACUGAAAAGUGAAAACCACAGGGACUAGUGAAACUAAAGAUGUAGCUUCAAACCUUGUAAUAGGAUUUAUGACAAGAUUAUGCAACUAUUGAGAACUGUU